CAGGCCUGGGCAAUGAAUCAAUCUCACCGCCUUAAAUACACUCUAAUGGAAGAAAAACGACCAAUGGGCCAAACGGCGUGCUGUGUUUGCAAGUUUGCGACGUGAAAAGUACCUUGACUGCAUCGUGUUGAAUGUGACAUAUGUGCCAUCUCCCCAGUUGGCAUUUAUUGUCAGACCCUCCAAAAAGAAUUUCACAAGUUGUCUAUUGACAGUUGUGCUCAUCAGUACCUCGGAGUAUGCGUAGGGGCCCGCCGACUGCAUACUCGCUCCACAUUCCAACAGCACACCUGGUCGCCGCUACAUGUUGGAAAGGGAGCGAUCGUCAUCUGACGUCGAUCCAAAGCGGAAGAGCGACAACUGCACGUGUGCUCCAGGCCGCUCCCGCUCGCAUCCUCGAGCCCUUCGCCGCCUUCCCUCGCCGCUCCUGCCCAACGGCAGCGCAGCACCACAUGGAGAAAGAUGUCAUCCUCAUCAACUGAUCAGACAGUGACAGCUGACUCUCAGCACAUCGCCAUGGAAACAUACUGGCAAGAGCUGGAGAGCAUGGGGGAGGAGCAAGAGCAAGAGGAGGAGGAGGAGGAGGAGAGGCAAAGUAUAGAUGAGCUGCGGCCGGAGGAGGCGUGGCUCACGGAGGCGGGGCUAUCCACGCUGCUGGCUUCGUCAUCCGAGGAGGCUUCUCCCGCUGCGCAGGCUCCGCCCCCUGCCCAGGCGCUCUCGGCCACGCUGACGCGCCGACAAACGCACACGGUCGAGACGCGGCUCCGCAAUUACAGACAAGCCGUCACGCACGUGAAGGACAUCUUCGCUUCCCACUUGGAGCCGGUCGUAAGCUGCGGCCCCCGGAGUCCCAGUAGCCAGUCGGCGGCCAACCAAGUCGACCACCAAAACCAUCCGGAAACAGAGCAAGUCAGCGCACCCCGGCCUUUCCUCGUUCCGUUACGACGCGGAGCCUCUGCGCCCGCCCGCCUUCUCCACGCGCGCCUCGGCCGCGCGAGCUCUGCGGCCCCCGGAGUCCCAGUAGCCAGUCGGCGGCCAACCAAGUCGACCACCAAAACCAUCCGGAAACAGAGCAAGUCAGCGCCCCCCGGCCUUUCCUCGUUCCGUUACGACGCGGAGCCUCUGCGCCCGCCCGCCUUCUCCACGCGCGCCUCGGCCGCGCGAGCUGACCGGUCGCCGCGUGACCGGCCGUACUCGGACGGCGUGGCGGAGCAUCGCGGGGGCGGGACUUGUCGGGACUGCCUGCCGGACCGCGCCGGGGACGUACCGGUGAGCGUGACCUUUGCGUUCGCGUGUCCGUGGCAGGGCGCGACGCGAGCGGACGACCUGUCGUCGGACGACAUGAAGCGACCGGGCUUCGUCUGUCACAUCGAGCUCUCCACCUUCCUGCUGGCUUUGGGCGUUCGAAGCAAACGCACGCGGCCAAGGCGCACGAGGAACGGCGGCGCGCCUCCUCGCUCGAGCCCGCGUCUUGUUGUCUUGUUGUCGCAGCUGAGACGGAUGAACCAAGCGUCCAAUCCUAAACCGGGCCUUCUGCUCAGGGCCAGGACUGACAAAAACAAGAAACAGGUGACCGAGUUGUGCGAAGGCAUCUUUAAGGUUCACGCUCCCCUCCGCUCCAAAGCUUCCGUGGCCAUACAGCUCGACAGGCGCGUGACGGCCAAAGACGUUACCGCCCGCUUCAUGCCCGCCGUCUCUGCGCAGCGGCGUCUCUUCCGAGUCGGGGGCAACAUCGGCGAGCGGCGCCUCCGCCCGGACUGUCUUCCGUUGGACGUUUACCACGCGAACCCCGGCUGCCAUUGGCUCGUCAAACCCCGAGGCGACGACCGGAGAAGAAGGCGCCGGCCGAGCCACGUCGACCAACGUUUGUGCUCAUGAAA